CUACUAGAGAAGUCGGACCUUCAUGCAGUGCUGGCUGAAAAGCUUCAAGCAGAAAAAUAUGACAUGCAGAGCAGACAUGAGAUCAGUCCAGGACAUGAUGGCACAUGGAAUGAUGCUCAGUUGCAGGAACUGGCACAGCUGAAGAUAAAGCAUCAAGAGGAGCUGACAGAGCUGCAUAAGAAACGUGGCGAGUUGGCACAGUCUGUAAUUGAUCUGAAUAACCAAAUGCAGCAGAAGGACAAAGAGAUGCAGAUGAAUGAAGCAAAAAUUGCAGAGUAUUUGCAAAAGAUCUCUGAACUGGAGACAGAGUGCCAGGAAUUGCGUAGCAAACUGCAAGACCUUGAGCGAGCUAAUCAGACACUGAAAGAUGAAUAUGAUGCUCUCCAGAUCACCUUCAAUGCCUUGGAGGAGAAACUGAGGAAAACUACUGAAGACAACCAGGAGCUGGUCUCACGUUGGAUGGCAGAGAAAGCACAAGAAGCCAAUCGUUUGAAUGCAGAAAAUGAAAAGGAUUCAAGGAGACGACAAGCCAGGCUGCAGAAGGAGCUAGCAGAAGCUGCCAAAGAACCCCUGCCUGUUGAACCGGAUGAUGAUAUUGAAGUGCUUGCAGAUGAAACCUCUGACACAGCUGAGGAGACAUCUCCAGUGCGAGCUGUCAGCCGAACAUCCAGUAAGCGACUCUCCCAGCCAGCUGGAGGCCUUCUGGACUCUAUCAGUAAUAUCUUUGGGAGGCGUUCUUUGUCCUCAUUCCCUGCUCCCCAGGAUAAUAUAGAGCCACAUCCAGGUGCCAGUAAAGAAGUGAGAGUGCCCACUACUGCCAUAUGUGUCUUUGAUGCACACGAUGGGGAGGUGAAUGCAGUGCAGUUCAGCCCUGGCUCCCGGUUACUAGCAACAGGAGGCAUGGACCGGAGGGUUAAGCUUUGGGAAGUCUUGGGAGAUAGGUGUGAGCCCAAAGGUUCCCUCUCUGGUAGUAAUGCUGGGAUUACAAGCAUAGAAUUUGAUAGUGCUGGUUCUUACCUCUUAGCAGCUUCAAAUGACUUUGCCAGUAGAAUCUGGACAGUUGAUGACAAUCGAUUACGGCACACCCUGACAGGUCACAGUGGUAAAGUUCUGUCAGCCAAGUUCUUGCUGGACAAUGCACGCAUUGUUUCGGGAAGUCAUGACCGGACCCUCAAGCUCUGGGACCUCCGCAGCAAAGUUUGUAUAAAAACAGUGUUUGCAGGAUCUAGCUGCAAUGACAUCGUAUGUACUGAGCAAUGUGUCAUGAGUGGACACUUUGAUAAGAAAAUUCGUUUCUGGGACAUCAGGACUGAAAGCAUAGUAAAAGAACUGGAGCUGCUUGGAAGAAUCACAGCUCUCGACCUGAACUCAGAGCGAACAGAGCUUUUGACCUGUUCCCGUGAUGAUCUACUAAAGAUCAUUGAUCUGCGGGUUGGUGCUGUCAAGCAGACAUUCAGUGCCCAGGGAUUCAAAUGUGGCUCUGACUGGACGAGAGUUGUGUUCAGCCCUGACGGUAACUAUGUGGCUGCUGGUUCAGCUGAUGGGGCCCUCUACAUUUGGAAUGUGCUCACUGGGAAAUUGGAGAGGACACUUGCAAAGCAUCAUAGUUCUUCUAUCAAUGCAGUUGCGUGGUCACCAGCAGGUGCCCACGUGGUGAGUGUGGACAAAGGAAACAAGGCUGUCCUGUGGUCUGAGUUUUGACUGGAUGGAGGGUGAAAGGCGGAGCAUCCAGUACCUCUGUGGUGGUGCUGAUCCGCGGCUGAACAGAAUGGAGACCCAAGCCCAGAUUCAUCCUGAGCGGGGAUAUUAACAUGCGCAUGGGCUUCACUUUCCAGAGGAGAGUUCUAAAGCAAUGGAGAAGGAGCCUGAGUCAGAGACUUCUUACAGCCAUAACUGCACUGUGGCACUCGGACUCAGCAAGGGAUUAGCUGUUCUGGAUGGAGAAUGCUACUUAGUCAUGCCUUUACAUGCAGUAUCUAUGCACCAAGUGGAGCUGAAGAUACUAGAGGGAUUCCUCACCAGACAGCUGUGCCAAAUACCCUGUCACGCAAAUGUAUCUACAGCACUUCUGAGUUGGAAAUGUUGGAAAGAAGUUACUGUGUCUGCUGACAUUAUACAUGUCCUGUCUCCUGUGUUCUGUUCUUGUAGCCUAGUUCAGGCAUGGGGUGAGAAGAUCCUGAAAUACGGACAGGUCCUAGGCAGUCUGAAUGUUGGAACAGCUUUUAAAGAGUCUCCUGUGGCUCUGGCAGCUCUGCCUUUGAGUUACCGGCUCAAUUCAGAUCUGCUCUGAUCCUG